GCGCCGCCGGGCCCGGGCCGCCAUGGCCGCCAUGGGGGAGCUGGCGCGGCCGCGGACGCUGUUCCUGGCCGGGCUGGCCGCGGUCUACAUCGCCGCCUUCGGCUCCCUCUACGUACAGAUCCCCGGGCUGUACGGCCGCGAGGGGCUGCUGCCGGCGCGGCGGGUGCUGCGGCUCAGCGGGAAGGGGCUCUGGGAGCAGCUCCGCGAUGUCCCCACGCUGCUGUGGCUGGGGCCGCGCCUGGGGCUGGACACGGAGCAGGGCAUGGAGCUGCUGUGCCUGCUGGGAAUGCUGGCGGCGCUCGGGGCGCUGCUCUGCGACUCCAUGCGGGACUGCCUGGUCUUCGCCCUGCUCAGGAUGUUCUACCUGUCGCUGUACCAGGUGGGACAGGUGUUCCUGUACUUCCAGUGGGACAGCCUGCUGCUGGAGGCCGGGUUCCUGGCUGUGCUGGUGGCCCCCCUGCGCCUGCUGCGGCGGGGCUGCCCGGCCUGGAGGCCCCACGACGCCGUCACCUUCUGGGCCGUGCGCUGGCUGCUCUUCCGCCUGAUGUUCGCCUCGGGCGUGGUCAAACUCACCAGCCGCUGCCCCACCUGGUGGGGGCUCACAGCUCUGACGUACCACUACGAGAGCCAGUGCAUCCCCACGCCGGGCGCGUGGCUGGCCCACCAGCUGCCCGUGUGGUUCCAGAAGCUCAGCGUGGUGGCCACCUACGUCAUCGAGGUGGCCGUGCCCGUGCUCUUCUUCGCGCCCCUGCGCCGCCUGCGCCUCUUCGCCUUCUACUGCCAGGUCCUGCUGCAGGUCCUCAUCAUCCUCACGGGCAACUACAACUUCUUCAACGCGCUGACCAUCGUGCUGGCCUUCUCCCUGCUGGACGAGGAGCACGUGGGGCGCUGGCUGGGCCGGCCCCGCAGGAGGCACGGCAGCGGCUGGCCCCCCAGCCUGGGCUCGGUGCUGGGCACGCUGCUGGAGCUCAGCACCUACGGGCUCCUGCUCUGCUGGACCGUGCGCUACUUCGGCCUGGAGCUGGACUGGGACAGGAGACUGCUGGACUCCAAAGUGGCCUUCACCUACCACGAGUUCACCACCUGGCUGCGCACGGUGACGCUGCCGCUCGUGGGGGUGGCCUUCCUGUCCCUGUCCUGGGAGAUCCUCGUGGCCAUGUACCGCUGUGCCUGCGUCCGGGGAUGCUUCUGGAAGCUCUGGGCCACCCUGCAGUGGGCCAUCAUGGCCACGGCCACCGUGGGCCUGUUCGCCGUUAGCCUGGUGCCCUUCACCUACAUCGAGCACGAGUCCAACGGGAAGCUGUGGCCCGGGAUCCACCAGAUGUUCGGGGCCGUGGAGCGCUUCCAGGUGGUCAAUUCCUACGGGCUCUUCCGCAGGAUGACCGGCGUGGGCGGCCGGCCCGAGGUCAUCCUGGAGGGCAGCUACGACGGGCACAGCUGGACCGAGAUCGAGUUCAUGUACAAGCCGGGGAACGUGAGCGCGGCGCCGGCCGUGGUGGCCCCGCACCAGCCCCGCCUGGACUGGCAGCUCUGGUUCGCCGCCCUCGGGCCCCACCAGAGCAGCCCCUGGUUCAGCGCCCUGGUGCUGCGCCUGCUGCAGGGACAGCCCGACGUGAUCCGCCUGGUGCAGACGGACGAGUCCCGGUACCCGUUCCACGGCCGCCCGCCCACCUUCCUGCGGGCCCAGCUCUACAAGUACUGGUUCACAUCCCCCAGCGAGGGCAGCCCGGGCCCGGCGCCGUGGUGGCGGCGGCAGCACGUGCAGGAGUUCUUCCCGGCCGUGUCCCUGGGAGACCCCACGCUGGAGUCCCUGCUCAGCCAGCACGGCCUCAAGGACAAGCCCCCGCUGCGCCGCCGGGCUGACGCCGUGCUGCCGCGCCUGCUGGGCUCCGUGCGCCGCCUGUGCCAGCCCUUCUCGGGCCCCGCCCUGCUCUGGUCCCUCUACCUGGUGGCCGCCACCGCGGGGCUGCUGCGGGCCCUGGCCCGGCGGGCCCGGGGGGCGCCGCCCCCCGCCCGCCACAAAGGGCCCCGGGAGCGGGGGGAGCGCAACGGGGCGCGGGGCACCGAGGGGGCGCGGGGCAGCACCGAGGGGGCGCGGGGCACCGAGGGGGCGCGGGGCACCGAGGGGGCGCGGGGCACCGAGGGGGCGCGGGGCACCGAGGGGGCGCGGCCCGAGGGCCGGCACGGCAACAAGAGGAAGAAGUAGCCCCCGCAGCCCCCCCAAAGACGGGGGACAGGGAGGGAGUCCCCGGGUGGGGGGGCAGCGCUUGUUGGACCCCGGCCCGGGGGUGCCCGUGUGCCAGUGCCUUCAGCACGGGGUGGCCAUGCGGGGUGGGGACACACCCGGGGCUUGGGGACACCUCCCCCUGCUACCUGGGGACCCCUUGGGGGCACCUCCCCAGUGUCCAGGCACUCCUGGGGACCUCUCCCUGCUACCUGGGGACCCCUCCCUAGGGUUUGGGGGCUGCUUGGGUACAUGUCCCCGUCUCUGGGCACCCUGCCCCAGUGCCCAGGAACCCCUUGGGGACCCAGCCCCAAUGUCGGGGGACCCUCCCCAGUGCCCAGGGACCCCUCCAGGCCCCACGGUGGGGGAUCUCAGCACAGGUCAGGGGCUCAGAGCGAGUGGGGGCUCUGUGCCCACGGGCUGGAGCAGUUUGGGCACUGCCAGCCCUCCGGUUACCCUGCCCAGCCCCUCAGGUCACUUUGGGGUCCCCCCCAGCACUUUGGGGUGCUCCCCCCCGUGGGCUCUGCCCAUCCCAUGGUUCCCCCCUGCCCGGCUCAGCCUGAGCCCAGAGGUUUCCUAUAAUUUUCUAAUUAAAGCCUUUGACAUUCCA